GUCCAGUAUUCAUAGGUUAAGUUACCAUUCUUACCGAGCACACUUUAAAACACUCCCUAGUCCCUACUCAGUGCUCACUCUUGUUUCUCACUCUGGGUUUCUUCACUCCCAUUCUCGCUCGGAAAAAGCAGCCAACGGCCACCCAACCAUCGGUUUCAGACGAUAAAACCCGUACUUCCCUAUGGCUGGCUCAUCAAAUUCCAAAAGAAAUCAGCGCGCAAGUGUUCCUUUAAGUUCAGUUCCUGGCAAUACCUCAGCAGGUGGAGGAAAAUUACCUUUGAAUGAGGAUCCUAUUUUUAAGGAGAAGAUGGCAUUAGCUGUCAUAAGACAUGGUUAUCCAUUGACAUUCUUUGAGGACAGACGAAAUCAAGAAAUGAUGGCCUAUCUAAACCCGAAUCUCAAACCAUUAAGUAGAAAGGAGACGGUAGCUAACUGUUUGGACGUGUUUGAAAAGGAGAGAACCAAGCUUAAACAUGCUUUGGGGAGUAUUCCCGGUAGAUUAUGUUUGACAUGCGAUAGUUGGGUGGAUCCUUGUACUCGUGAGUACCUUUGCCUGACAGUGAAUUAUGUGGAUUCUAACUGGAAACUACAAAGCAAGUUUUUGCAUCUUGCCCGCUUGCCUUUUCCCAGGGAUGCUUCUAUCUUGCGAUCAGAGGUUUACAAUCUGUUGUGCAAGUGGGGAAUCGAGAAGAAAGUAUUUUCAAUCACCUCUGAUAGUAGAAGGUGUGGUGAUACUGUACAAGACAUGUUAAGGGAUUUCCUUAAUGAGCAGGAUGGAGCUUUACUUUGCAAUGGAGACUAUUUACAUGUUCGUUGUGGGGCUCAUUUCAUGGAUCAAAUGGCUCAAGCGUGUUUCAAGCUGAUUGAUAGACCAAUACGCAAUAAGCUUCUGAAGCCUCUUAAUGACAUGGCAAAUCUGUUUCUACGCACUGAACACCCAACUGCCAAUUCAUACUUUAUCAAUGUUCUGAAUAUUGGUCUUGUCCUUGUGGACGCAUUGGAGGAUAAAGACCUUGAGAUCAGUAACUUGGCACGAACGUUGAAGAGUGAAUUUGAUGUGUAUUGGGAUGCUUGUAAUGAGGUUCUUGCCUUGGCUAUAAUAUUUGAUCCUCGCUACAAACUCAGCUUCGUCAAGUUUUGUUAUGAGAAGUUAGACAAGGAAAGUGCAGAGAACAGGUAUUUGUGCACCCGUAGACGGCUUGAUAGGCUCUUCAAAACCUACAGUGAUCAAGUGUUUGCAUCACAAAUGAAUGAAAUGAAAGAUGAUACUAUCAGGGAAUUUGAGAUAGAAUGCAGAGAGAAGGAAUAUGACUCAUGUAAGUCAAGUCUGAAUGUGUACUUGAAUGAACCGAGUGUCAGCUGCCAGAAAAAGAUGGAUGUUCUCUCUUGGUGGAAAGAAAACGAACCUAGUUUUGGACAAGCUCUAUCUCUUAUGGCAAGGGAUAUAUUAAGCAUUCCUAUUACCUCGUUUUCUAAAGAUUCAGUUUUUGGCAUGGGAUACAGAGUUGAAGACAGAUUGACAUCUAACUGGUCAUCUGACUGUGCAGAAGCGCUAAUAGCUACCCGAAACUGGUUAUUCGGGUACCCAGUUGAUGAUGAGUCCCCUCCUGGAGGACUUAAGGGCCUUGAGCAGCGAUUUUGGCGCACCGCAUGUGAGGAAGAAUCAGAUUCAACUUUUCAGAAGUGAAAUUGCAACCUUUUAUUUGCAGUUCUUUUUUUUUUUAAUACCGAUAUAUGUGCAUGCUUUUGCAAUCAUAGAAUCGACCAAUCCAGAACUGUUAACAAUCUGUAGCAACGUUAGUACUAAUAUAGGUUUUGAUGAUCACCGUUGUCCGUUGAUCAUAGCAGGUGGUUUAUAUGCCGCGUCAAACAGCCGAAGACUGCAAAUGUAAUGGUUAAAAUUAACGUGUUGUAUCUGUAUGGAUGGUGUUAUAUUUAGCUUUAUGUUCACCCUGA